AUGGCCGCCAUCAUCGACCGGUUGUCCUCCGAGGGACCUGGCGAGUCUGCCGGCUUCCUGAACGACAUUGUAGCACAGCUCUGGCCCAACAUUGACGCUGCCGGUAGCAAGAUGAUCAAGGACAUCGUGGACCCAAUGUUCAAGACGAUGCUUCCCGGCCCGCUGGCGACGCUGCACUUCACACACGUCGAGCUGGGCGACGUCCCGUUCAAGUUCUCCGACGUGCGGGUCACCAAGACGCCCCUCGACGGCAUCAAGCUCGACCUCCAGGUCAACUGGGCUGGCAAGUGCGAUAUUGAGCUUGAUGCAGACAUGUUUCCCAAGGUGGGCGUCAAGAGCGUCGAGCUGCAUGGCAGGCUCAGUGUCCUGCUCUGCCCCCUGACCAACGUGAUUCCACUGAUCGGCGCGGCCCAAGUGGCCUUUGUCAACCCGCCCGAGCUCAAGCUCGACUUCACUGGCGCCGCCAAUAUUGCCGACUUCUCCGUGCUCGACAACGCGGUGCGCAAGGUGAUCCUUAGCGUCAUCAACGGCAUGUUCACCCUGCCGAACCGGUUCCUCGUCAAGAUGGACUCCAACGCCGACUACUUCAAGACCUAUCACUACCCGCUCGGCGUGGUGCGCGUCACCGUCGACAAAGCCUGGGGCUUCGCCGAGGAGGCCCAGUCCAAGGCCAAGAAGCUGCUCUCGAAGCUCACGCGCGCGAGCCCAGACUGCUACGCGACCGUGCAGGUCGGCGCGGAGGAGGAGUGGCGCACGACGACCAAGAACAACACGACGACCCCGGCCUGGGGCGAGACGCACGACUUUGUGGUGUCGGACUUUGACCAGCUCAUCGUGGCCAACGUGCACGACCACGACGUCGGGUCGGACGACCACGUCGGCCUGGCCACCGUCUCGGUCAAGGACAUCCUGCUGGCCGGCGGCAAGAAGGAGCUGGCCAUGGUGUACCCCGGCGGCGAGGAGACGGGCGGCCGCAUCGCACUGUCGGCAGAGUUCUUCGAGUUUGCCCCCGAGGACAGCAGCUUCUCUGCCUCGUCGCACAAGGGCGACGACAAGCUCUGCGGCGUGCUGAGCGUGCUCGUCGCGGGCGCGCUGGGGAUCAAGGGCCCCCGCGAGGAGCUCAAGCCCAGCAUCGUCGUGACCUGGGGCGACAAGCACCGGUUCCAGACCGCCGUCAAGGCGGACGCGCCCGGCACGGACAUCAACAACCCCAGCUUCGACCAGCAGUUCCGCAUCCCGCUGACCUCGGACCUCGUCGGUUCUUCGGCGGCGCCGCUGAGGAUCGCGUGCCUGAACGGCGAGCAGGAGGUCGGCAGUGUAGAGAUCCCCUUUGCGGAUGUCCUCAAGGCGCCCGAGCAGGUACUGCAGGACCAGUUUGACCUGGGCAAUGGGACAAAAGUCAGGGCUUGCUUCACCCUGCGUGGUGUCAAGGCGGCCAAGCUGAGCGAUACCGCGCUGCCCACCAGAGAGAAGUGA